AUGCAAUUUAUGCUUAGGACUCUAACAAUAUUUUUAUUAUUGAUUGAAUCUAUAAAUUCAAUCAGUUUUCAUUUACCGAUUAAUACAAGAAAAUGUUUAAAAGAAGAAAUUCAUAAAGAUACAAUGGUAACUGGUGAAUACGAUGUAACAGUUCUUCCAGGUUUAACAACACAUCUUGAUGUAAAAGAUACUAAAGGACAUACACUUUAUAAUAAAGAAGAUGCUACGAAAGGAAAAUUUGCAUUUACAACAGAAGAAUUUGAUAUAUUUGAAGUAUGUUUUGAAACGAAAUUACCACAUGGUCAACAACAACAUCAUUUAUCAGCAACACAUACAACAAAAGAAGUAACAAUACAUAUAAAACAUGGUAUUGAAACAAAAGAUUAUGAUGCUUUAGCUAAAGCUAAUAAACUCAAACCAUUAGAAGUUGAAUUAAGUCGUUUAGAAGAUUUAUCAGCUGCAAUUGUAUCAGAUUUUGCUUAUAUGAAACAACGUGAAGAAGAAAUGCGUGAUACAAAUGAAUCAACAAAUAAUAAAGUUCUUUAUUUUUCCAUUUUUUCAAUGUGUUGUUUAAUGAGUUUAGCUAUUUGGCAAGUACUUUAUUUACGACGAUAUUUCAAAGCCAAAAAACUUAUUGAUUAA